AUGAUUUCGAGUUCGUGUGUGAAGAUAGAGUCCCCUGAAGCCGAGCAGUUCUUGAACCUUUUUAGAGCCACUUCCGAGCCAUUAUUCGGGAGAGUGCCUUUGAAUACGUUACCGUAUCCUCCUGUACCGAUUAUGUUGUGCCUUGAGAAAUUCCGAGUGGUCGUUUUGAUUUCUUCGAACAGUCGGGAGGUUGUUGAGUUAGGAUCGAUAUUUGUGGGGUUUGGCUUUCCGGCGUUCCUUUUCCGGCGCCGGAAAAGGAAGAGACUGGAAAAUAUGAGAAUUAAAGCCACGGCAGAGAAAACCACAAGGAUGAUGAUGAUGAUAAUUUGCGGCCGUACCUGGAUCGGACGGCCCGAAACGGUUGCUGAAGGCGGCGGCGUAGAUGAAAGGGUAAGAAGUGCAGUCGGAGAGGUUGCCGGAGGAUGGGCCGGGGAGCGCGGUGGUGCAGGAGGCGCAGGGGGAGCCGUCGAGGAGGGACUGGUUGCAGGCGGCGGCGACGCCGCUCAGCGCCGGCGGCGGAACGGCGGCCUCGAAGUCGGAUCGGGUGGUGAGGUUCAUGCAUCCGCGGGAGAUCCAGUCUGUUCGGAACCCGCAGCGGCGGCGGAUGUCGAAAUUAGGGAGGUAGCUGUUGACGACGGACUCGUACGCGUCCCAGCACGGCUCCGCGGAGUCCGGCGGGGGGAGGAAAGAGCCGGUGCGGCGGAGGUGCUCGGAGAGGACGAGGCGGAGGCCCUGGAUGAUGUAGUGGCAGCGGGAGCCGGCGUUGUCGAGAUCGGGUCGGGGCAGACGGCGGAGGGAGUCGAAGGACAGGGGGCAGACGGAGACGUUUUGGAGGAGGGAGCGCCGGACGGCGAGGGAUGGCGAGGGGAGGGUUGA